AUGCCCCCCUCCACAACCAGCGAUCCCUCCCGGUCAGAAAGCUUCCGAGCCUUAAUCUACAUCGUCCUUCAGCAAUACUAUGAUUUUAUCUUCUUUUGGACCGACGUAUUUGCCCAUAUCAUCACCAUUGUCGUUCUGGCCAAGAUGGAGUAUCCCUUCCACCUGCCCCGUGUCCAAGCUCCAAACCUCGGCAGAUGGCACACGCCUGAUCGUCAAUGUUAA